CUUUCCCCGCGUUCUGCCCGUUUGUACGCCAAGGGCGUCAGGUCACCGGCCCGCCUUUUACCACUUUGUGAAUGCAUCUUGUGCCAAAUGGAGCGAUGGUUGCGAUGUUGAUCCUUCGCUUAGUGAGCGAGGUGAGCCGAGGUGCAGUCUAUCUUCGCAUAUGAUGGAUUUGCGUUGUCUACUUAGCCUGCCUGCCUCGGGGGUGUGAGGUGAGGAUGUAGAAGAUGUAAAACUUGGCUUCGGUGACAUUCUGGUGUUAAAUUUUGCUUGUGAAUGACUAUUAAGAACGAACUCGAGGCUUGACCACUCCUUCCCAACCCUAGAAAAUGCUCGAAUUCAUACGCCCAUACCUCACCCUUCCCUAUAUCCUCCUCGUUCUCUUCAUCUUGUGUGUCCUCUACAACCUCUUCACCACUAUACAUUGCAACCAUCGAAUCUCGAAACUCGGCUACCGUGCCCCGGUGCGGACGACUUACCUUCCAUAUGGCGUCGACAUGCUAUACCGCGUGCUCAAAUUCAUGCUCGCUGAUAAGAACUACGAGCUCUGGGUCGAGAUGUUUGAGAAAUAUGGAAAGGGUGGUUUCACUGUUGAAGCGGGGACUGGAGAGAGGGUGAUACUAACAGCAGAACCGGAGAACAUUAAGGCUCUUUUGGCGACGCAGUUUAAGGAUUUUGGAAAAGGGGAGAAGUUUCGACAGGAGUGGCAUCCGUUUCUGGGGAACGGCAUUUUCACUACAGAUGGGACGCUUUGGCAUAAUUCGCGUCAGUUGAUUCGACCCCAAUUCAUCAAGGAUCGCAUUAGCGAUCUUGAUAUCUUUGAGGAGCAUGUUCAGAUUUUGAUGAAGAGGCUCGGGAGGGAAGGGGAUAUUGAUAUGCUGGAUUAUUUCUUCAGAUACACACUGGACGCCGCCACACACUUUUUGCUUGGAAAGAGCGUUGAAAGCCUAACCAAUCCUCAAACUGAAUUUGCAGAUUCCUUUUACCAAGCUCAGCGGAUCCAAAGCAUUAUCGCCCGAAUUGGACCCCUGAAUUGGCUCGUGCCUCGCAAGUAUCUUGGCUAUUACUCCUCCAUCAAGGUCAUCAACAACUUCGUAGAACAAUACAUCGACCAAGCGCUCUCACUUUCCCCUGCCGAACUCGAGAAAAAGACCAAUCAUGACGAGGGAUACACGUUCCUCCAUGCCAUCGCAGCUUACACCCGUGAUCGCACCAUUCUCCGGGAUCAGCUUGUUUCGAUCCUACUCGCAGGACGCGAUACGACUGCUUGCACGCUUACAUGGGCAAUCUACGAACUCUCAAUGCAACCCCAUAUCACCGCCCGACUACGUCAAGAAAUAAUCAGCCAAGUUGGGCUGGAACGAGCACCCACCUACCAAGAUCUAAAAGACAUGAAAUAUCUCACCCACAUCCUAAACGAAACCCUCCGUCUCUACCCUGUUGUCCCCUUCAACGUCCGUAUGGCGCUAACCGACACCACACUCCCGACCGGUGGCGGGUCGGAUGGUCGUCAACCCAUCGGUAUCCUAAAAGACACGCCCAUCGGCUACUCAACCCUCGUCAUGCAACGCCGUGAAGACCUCUACCCGCCCCAAGUUUCUGGCUUCCCACCCGUAGAGAAAUUCGUGCCUGAAAGGUGGGCUGGUUGGACACCUAAGAGCUGGACAUAUGUCCCGUUUAAUGGUGGCCCGAGGAUUUGUAUUGGGCAGCAGUUUGCGCUGACAGAGAUGGGUUAUACGCUUGUUAGACUGUUUCAGAGGUUUGAGGGCGUGGAAAAUAGAAUGAGGGGGAAGAUGCCGGGGCUGCAUGCGGAUAUUGUUUUGCAGCCAGCAAAGGAGGUUAGGGUUGCUUUUGUUUGAGGGAUGAGAGAUGGAACUGGGUAUAUGGGACCGUAUAUGGUAACCCAAGUGCUG